CCCACUCGCUCGAACCCGGCAGCUGUCAGCACUGGAGUAGCGCGCGCGCAACUGGAAGAAGCGGCCCGAGAGAAGUCCCGCUUUAUAAAGAGCUAAAAUUACGCGACGUCGACGUGGUUUCCUGGGCGGCUAAGAGGACUUUUAUAAAGAGUCAAGGACGGUGGGGGUGGAAACUCACUGCACUGAGAACACUUCGUGGCGUUGGAGCCACAGCCACUAUUAUAUCGACAAGUCGAGGCGCACGGAUUGCGCGCACCACUUUUGGGAGCGAGUUGUUGAAACAAGACGACACCAAAAAGAUGGCUUUAUCGGGAGUGAUGCUACCUUCUUUUGCCACAUUCAGCAACCAAAGAGAGAAAAGCUGGGAAAACAGGUGGAAAUCAGAGAAUGACAACAAGCUCCCCACCGGCAGCUGCGCCAUGCAAGAGAUGGUGCACGGCGCGGACAACCUGUUCGCCAACAAGAAGGACGACGAGGAUCUGAGCAACUACUUAGAUCUGGAUUUUAUACUUGACGGAGCCUCAGCCUACGUGGCUCCGGCAGACCCCGGCGCAUACGCCGCGACGGACGCAGCGGUGCCCGCAGCCUUCCCCGCGGGAGAGCACCGCUCCCCGCCACCGCCGUACGCCGCCGGCCUGUUGACAGAGCUGCUGCGCUCCGACGCCGGCUACGGAGUGACGCGCAACCCUCAACAAACGCUGCAGGGCAGGUUUUACGCCUCGCACUUCCCGCGCCAGGACAUCAAAGUUGAGCCCGCCAUGGACAGUUACGGCCCGGUGUUGGGCAUGGUGCCCCAAAGCUGCAGCAAAAUCAAGCAGGAAGGCAACGUUUCGUGCAUGAUGCCCUUCGAGCAGCCACGUUUGGCCAUCUCUCCGCGGGCUGCCAGCAGCAGCAUGACACCGCCGCUCAGCCCGGACGAGCAGGCGGCGGCUUCGGACUUUUGCGCGCCUAUGAGUUGCUUCGUCGGUCACAAAUACCAGAACAGCGCCUCCUUCCAGCAUCAGCAGCAUCAGCAGCAUCAGCAGCAGCAGCAGCAGCAGCAUCAGCAGCAUCAGCAGCAACAACACAUGCACAUGGCCUACCACAGCGCGCACCACCCGGCGUUCAGCGUCUAUGACGAAGCCAUGGGUCUUCAGCAGCCUCCGCCGGGCGCGCAGAGGUCGAUGCUCACGCCGCCAUCCUCGCCGCUGGAUCUGCUCGAGUCCAAGCCCAAGCGGGGGCGCCGCACUUGGCCGCGCAAACGCACGGCCACGCACACCUGCACCUUCGCCGGAUGCGGGAAAACGUAUACAAAAAGCUCUCACCUCAAGGCUCACCUGCGGACGCACACAGGUGAGAAGCCGUACCACUGCAGUUGGGAAGGCUGCGGCUGGAAGUUCGCCCGCUCGGACGAGCUAACGCGUCACUUCCGCAAACAUACCGGACACAGGCCCUUCCAGUGUCACCUUUGCGAGCGCGCCUUCUCCAGAUCUGACCACCUCGCGCUGCACAUGAAGAGACACAUGUAAAAGGAGCCUUGACAACAACAAAAGACUUGUUUUUUGGUUUUUUUAUUUAAAGUGUUCUCCACAUGACCAAAGUCCCCACCCCUUAAAUCUAUAUUAUUUUCCAAUCAUGUAGCUGGUACUACUUUGGUUUUAUGAGAGCAGACUUAUAAGGGGCUGGCCCUUGUACAGUGUAUACUUACAACUGGAAUGUCUUUGACACAAAAGUGCCUUUCUAUGACUCUGCUACUGUUUAAACAAAUAACUCAUGGUGACACAACUACCACCACUUAGUAGACAAUCACAUUGACAGGAGUGAAAUACACACAUUGUGUAUAGACAAUGUUUUUCUCCAAAGAAAACUGCCUCCGAGAUGUCCCAGAGCUGCCCUCCCCAAUUCCAGCCCCUUCUGUACACUAUCAGGGCUUGACGUCCUGUACAUUAUUUUGUACUUAAAGUUAUAUAAAAAUGUACAUGUAUUUUAUAUUGUCAAAUGUGUAUUUAUUGUAAAUAUUAAAAAGAACGAAAAUA